AUGCAACAGAAACAAGAAGAGCGUAAGUGGAGUAGUCAGAGCGGAGAAAUGAGUUUGAAGCGGGCACUGUGGGUAAACGAUCGCUAUGCCGUGCGCUGUCGUGGCUGUGAUGCCCGCUUUAACUUCGUUCGGCGCCGCCACCAUUGCCGCAACUGUGGCCAGGUGUUUUGUAGUGAGUGCCUCAUUUCAUCGUCGGCCACGUUUAUCGGGGAAAUCUUUACAGAUGUCGUCUCGUCCAUUGUCGGGCUUCAGCGAGACCCCCUUCUAAAGGUCUGCCAUGUGUGCGACCGCAUUCUUCAGGAGCGUGGCAUAGGGAGACAAAGAAGUUGGCGGAGGGUUCCUCUGCUACGAAAAGGGAUUUCAGAUAAGCCGACAGCAAGUAAAACGGUCGUGAAGCAUGGGCGGGAGGCGGCGGUGGGCCCCGGCACCGCCACUACGGUGGAAGUGGUCUCACUGGGUACCACACAAAGGGUUGAAUUGCCCCCUUCAGUGGGAGAAGGAGUGGGAGUAAUUUCCUCUUUCUCCUUCGAUGAGGGUUGUGCCACGCCCUUCAGAAGCGGAGUCCCGAGUCUUUCUGCGUAUCGGCCUUCCCAGCCACGUCUGCCGACGCAUCCUGAAGAUCCUAAAGAGCAAGAGAUAUCCUACGGGUUGACAGAUACGCCAGUUUACAGCCGAAACAGCAUGACGGAUCGGAUGAAUAAAUUUCUUACGGAGGCACGCAAAUUACGAAUACAUGAGUCUCCGGAAAAGUCGCAGAGUGACCUUUCCACCCGCACAUACACGCCUCACCCCAAGGCGACCUUCCGAAUUGCCGAUGCUCGGUCAUGGCAAGCACAGUUCGCAAAUGUAUUUUCCAAAUCCAUCUUAAAAAGGAACCUUCGGCGUCUUGAAUCACAAAGUUCGUAUCAUUUAAUUAAGCGUGUCUCAAGGCUUUUUAUGAAGGAAGAGGUGUUAUCGUCUUUAGGGGUGGAGACUACAGGGAUGGAUCGCACAAUGUGGAUCGCCGGGUUGUGUGAUAUAUCGUGGCGGAUAGUGUCGCAAUUGCCUAUAGUCCUACAUGAGCGCACUGAGCAACAUUUAGAUGUUAUUUGUAUAGCCGAUGGGCAGUUUGUUGAAACGGAAAUUAUCACUGGAGUGGCAUUCAUACAAAAUGUUGCUUUUAAACGAAUGAAAACAUAUGUGAAGACACCACGUAUACUUCUCUUAUCCGGUGAAGUGGGUAAAAACCCCAAACCAGGGACGGACCUCUUGGAGUAUGUAGAGGGAUAUGAAGGCCAUUUGGAUACGCAAUAUCAUCGUAUCCACAUCUGGCGACCCUCCGUUAUUGUUGUACAGGGUAAUAUGCACCAUUAUUU